AUGCCGGUGCAGAGGGCGGCGCAACGAGCGGCGGAGGAGGGACAGCGGCGGCGGCCGUACAGGGGGGUGCGACGGCGGGCGUGGGGGCGGUACGUGUCGGAGAUUCGGUUGCCGGGGAAGAACACACGCGUGUGGCUGGGCUCCUUCUCCUCCGCCGAGUCCGCCGCCAGAGCCCACGACGCCGCCUCCUUAUUCCUCCACGGCGACCCGACCGCCCUCAACUUCCCCGCCGCCGCCGCCUCCCUCCCCCGCCCCCACUCCUCCUCCCCCGCCGACAUCCGCGCCGCCGCUUCCCAGGCCGCCGCCGCCGGCGGCGUCGCCGGCGGCGCCGUUGCCUGCUGGCAGGCGCCGGCGGUGGAGGAGGCCAAGCUCGCUCCCCUCCACAGCCCCCCAGGGAACCCAGGGAUUGACCUCUCCGACUUCUCCGAGCUCUGGGCGGAAGACUCCCUUCUCUUGAUCUGA